AAUUGUUUACCGUUGCUUGUCAUCGUUACACUCCUGAGUUUCUUCAAGGGUGCUCAAGAUUCAUGGCACGGUAUUGUUUGGAGACGCUCGUGCUGGCCUGCUGGCCGUGCGGCAGACGACAGGGGUUUGGACGGGAAGAGUGGCGACGACGGGACGUGGGACAUUCUCGCGAGUUGUCAGUCUUCGCAUUAAAAAUGCUCGGCCGUGCCGCGAAUCCCGUCAGUGCGCGCGAUUAAGCGUCAUCGCAACGAGCGCAACGACGCGGCUACGUACUCAGCACUUCGCUCAUAAUCGCGGACACCGUGGAAGGAAAGCAGGGUUAUGAGGCACCAACAGCACCGUGGUAGUCGCGCCGUCGGACGAUAUUUUUGCAUUAUUCUCGAGAUUAUUUCCAGCGGAGCGAUCCACCAUGGCGGAGAAGUGCAAGGAAUGUGGCUGUAAAUGCGGCACCUGUAGCCAAGAUAGUCAGCAGCAUUGUGACAUGCAUCUGCAUGCGGAGAUAGAGAACUUGCGCCAGCGUCUACUCGAGAGGGACAACCAUAUUGUGACGAUGGAGACACAGUUUUUGAACGAGGCUGAUAAGUUUCCAAAUGGAGAAUUGGCUUCCAUGAAGGAGGAACUGUUAAUAUGGCAGGAGAAGUAUUCACGUCUACAUGAAGCGCACAAGAGAGUUCAGAAGGUCAAUCAAAGUCUCGAGGACAAGCUGCUGCGAAUCGUGGACAAAUGUGAGACUGAGAAGGGUGCCUUCACAAAGGACAUAGCAACUCUGUCUCACAGAUUAGCGGACGCAAAUUACACAAUUCAUCGAUUAACUCAAGAUAACGAAAAAUAUAGAAACGAUGUUAGCUUGGCUAUCCAGUUGCUGCAGUGCAAACCUUCCAACUUUGUAGGCCAGAAAUACGACUCGCUGCCUUCCGAAGUUCAAGCCAAAGUACGGACAUACGUCGCGCAGAAGCGAUGUUCCACGCAAGACGUGACGCAGCCGGACGUGAAGAGCAUUACCGUGCCGAUAUCCACAUUUCCACCGACGGCGAUGGUGUACAAUAUCACGAAGCCGACAGUGGAGAAGCACAGCGACGACGACAGCGAUGACAGCAAGCCGCCGAUGGAUAUCGUGUCGGCGGCUAUCAUGGCGAAGGUACUUGAGGACCGCGAGAAGGAGAGAAUCUUCGCCAAGCACUGCGAGACGUGUACAUGUCACAGAAGCAUUCUCAUGGUGGACGCGGAAACACAGACCUAUAUGCCCGACGUGCUCUUCUCCGACGAGCACACACGCAGUGUCGAGAAGCAAGUGUCGGAUAGUGUGCUGAAUGGCGAGAAGCAUCAGGGCAAGGAAAAACUGAAUCAAUCAAAUCUCGCGACGCACACGGUCUUCUACGAGAUCAACGAGAACGGCGAUAAGAUUCAUCAUCACGUGAACGGCGAUUGCGCCAAGUAUGCGUCCUCGGCGCCGUGUAUCAAAGACAAGUUCAUCGGCAGAUGCAACAGAAAUGAGCAGGACUGUACGACGGAAGAGAACUGCGCCACUACGAAGAUCUGCUCGAAUAAGAACUUGGCGCAGAAUCACGAGAGCAAGUACUCGCCGUCGUUUCCGAAAUUGAAUAAUCUAAACAGAAUAAAUUUCGAUAGGACGUUCAAGCUCAGGAACAACAGCAACAAGAAGUGCGAUUGCUUGGUCGACGGCAAAUCCGCCGCGAGGCAUUCGAACAAGAGCGAGAGGAAUCUCGCUCCAACGCCGAAACUCGUCGAUCACGAGCCGACGCGCGUCGACAAGGAACAGACGCACAUCGACAUCAUCAACGACAGGCUGUGGAAGAACGAGUGGACAAAGACGAGAUCUGAGGUGAGCGAGAUUUCGCGCGAAAAUAAGUGCACGGCGAACCGCGGCACCGAGCUCGACAUCAUCAAUGACCGCGAUUGGAAGAACGGUAGGCGCGAACGGUCGGCAGAACGGCAGGAAACACGAAGCACCGCGCAGUUCACCCUGAUCGAGGUCAAGAGCCCGGACAACAGCGCGGUGAAUCACAAUGACGGCAGCCAGACGGAAGUGGCGACCAGUCCAAGCUUCAGCAGCGACAGCAUGGUCAUCUCCAGCUCCGAUCCAUCCAGCAGCUGCAGCGACGUCACGCAAUCGCUGACCGGCGGCGCCUUCAACUUGAACGCCAAGUCCAACUCGAGCCAGGGCCGCGUAAGCGGACCGCGAAAUUGCCUGGUGCGCGUCACACCCGGUUCCAAGAACAUUCUCCUGGACAACGCCGGCCACUACAAGACUAUGCUGUACAGCAGCAACGGCGGCGGCAAGACCAACACCGCCCUGGUGCACGCGAAGAAGGCGUCUCGAGCUGAUUCCGAGCGCUCGACGUCGACCAGCAGCGAGGACAAUUCGCCGCCGGUGCUUUUGCAGGACAAUCAGCUGCAGCGAGUGGCCGAAUGGGUGCAGUCGUCCGUGGAAAUGUGUGCGGAGGACGAUUCCGUGUCGCACGAUAGCAAUAAGACCAAAUGCACGCAGAACGUCGCGAGCCACGGUCUGUCUUCCGCGUAUCCGAACGAUUCUCUGACGAAAGUCUGCAACUCCUCGGAGCAGGACGGAGGUCCGGCUCAUGAUGUGCCGAAGAGUAUCGAGGAUUUCAGCGAGAUUAUGAAAAACGACGUGCCCAGCAAUAUUAACACCUUAUCGAAAUGUAUGGAACAGGACGAGAGCGAAAAUCUCAUAACGUUCGACGUGUUGGACGAGGUGUUGCCGAAGGACUCUCGCAAGAAGGAUGUAGAUUACGAGGUGAAAAUCACGAAGGAGAUGGAGGAGACGUAUUUAAAGCUGGCAGCGAGCUUGGAUCCGGUGACAUUGAGCCUGUCGAGCGCCAGCGACGCCGAAUUGACGAUCGAGAAGUACCGGAAGGAUCACAAGCGGCUCCACGUGCAGAGAGUUCAAGACAAGGAGGGAUCAAAAGCUUAAUCUGUAUCUCAGCGAAAUCUUCGGAGACAAUUGACUAUAUCAAGCAGGGAGUUCCUUUAAAGAUAUAACAGAGCGUUAUUUUUUGUAACUAUAUUAAAGUAAGGCUGUACCAAGACGAGAAUAGCUUAGGGAAAGGGAGAGUCCUAUACGCUGCUGCAGAUAAAAUCGAUUUCGUCUACGUCCGUGAGCGAGAUUCGUAUAUAUAGAUUGACUUCGACUGCGAAGUGCGAUGAACUCAUUUCGAAUGAAAUUCCGACAAUGCAACACGGCAGUCUGUAAUGUCAAUUACGUAAUUGAUAAUCGAAGGCUUCUGAGGGCAACGACAUACUGUGUCACACACAUAAAUCGUCGUUAUUUUCAGAUACGAUUUGCGGUUUUUAUCGGUAAUGCUCUUUUUUUUUGCAGCUGCGAUGGCAGAUGAGUCUAAAAAAAGAUUCGGAAAACAGAACUAUUGAAUUUCAAUAUUUUUCGACUCUCUCUGCAUUUAUUCGCCUGUGAAAUUUUGUCUACAUAUUUUUAGCAUGUUUACUGACAAUUAAUCACUCAUAAUGUAUAAAAUGUAAUUUUGUUGGGUAGUUAUAUAUAUAGCUUCGCAGAAACAUACAUAUGUCGGACUUGAAAAAUGCUAAAAGAAUUACACUUAUAUUAUGAGUGAUUUAUUAUCAGCAAAUAUUAAUAUAUAUAUAUUAAUAAUAUAUAUAUAUUAAUAUUAAUAGAUAUUAGUUAACUCUCAUUUUAUUUUAAAUAAAAAAUAAAAAUGUUUAAUUUAUUACUAUUAACUUAUGAUAUUUGAAGCGUGCCGUGUUGCAGUAAAACUCGCAAUUAAAUAAAAUUAAACCGGAUGUUAAAUUACACGAAUUUUACUGCGAUUGAAUUAUGUAUGAAUUCUUUGUGAUUGAAUUGUGCGAUUAUCGGACACAAUGUGUGUUUAACUAUAUUUAAUUUGAUAAUUCCGACGUAAAUAUGAAUAGAUAGUACUUUUUUUCUCAGUUCAGCAAUAUGAACGUUCGCCAUUAAGUAUAGGAACGACAAUAUUAUAGAGAGACAAAGAGUUAACUUAUGAAAUACCCAGAAAACACAUUGUUCCAGCAGAUAUUAUUUUACGAAGCUCUUCAGUGCUCACAUUUAAUUUCUCCUCAAUGAUAUUAAGUAUCCGCGUUUACAAUACCAAAGUUAGAUUACUUGUGAUAAGAAUAGAGUUUAAUUCUUUGCACUUGGAAGUGCAAAGUGCAUGCACGAGUAAAAAUAAUUUGGUAAAUUAUCGCGGCAUUACCGGUGUCUGUAAUUUCGUAAAUCUGGCGAUGACAUGCGCUGUUAUCUGCAAUGUAGGCAUUACAUCGUUUAUAUAAAAGAUCAUUACACGAAGAAUAAAUCCACACAAUUUA